UAAAGGGCGGCAAUUUGCUUAUAAAUUCAUUUCAACGCCCCCACUCAACUCCGCCUCUUCGGAAAGAGUUUGACUCUGUCGUAUCUCUCCUUCUAAAACCCUACUUAUCUCCUCCUCGCAAAACCCUAGCCCCUUCCUUUUUUCUUUCGUAGUAAUCAUCCAUGGAGUUCUGGGGUAUUGAAGUUAAGUCUGGACAGCCUAUUAAAGCAGAUCCUGGUGCUAACUACGUUAUCCAUCUUUCCCAGGCUUCACUUGGAGAGUCCAAGAACAAAGCAGAAUCCGUUCCACUCUAUGUGAAUGUUGAUGGGAAGAAACUUAUUCUGGGAACCCUUUCCCACCAGAGUUGCCCUCAAUUAUCUUUUGAUUUAGUAUUUGACGAAGAGUUUGAGCUCUCCCACAACUGGAAAAACGGGAGCGUAUAUUUCCUCGGUUACAAAACUUUCAUACCAGAGGAAGGAUAUCCUUUUAUCAAUACCUAUUGCCUGUUUUCUGUCGCCACUGAUGAUUUUGGUAUGUCUAGCGAAGAAGAAAGCGAGGAGGAGGAAGAGGAGGAGCUUCCUGUUGCUGCUGCUGCUGCUGCAGUAAAUGGAAAAGCUAAGCCAGAUGGAAAAACAGCCAAGGCUAAUGCUGGGAAACCUGAUGCUGUUAAACAAUCUGGCAAGAUAGCAGAACCUAGCAGUAACAAGAAAUCUGAGGAUGAAGAUGAUGAUGAUGAGUCCGAGGAUGAGAGUGGUUCUGAUGAGGAAGAUGAUUCUGAUGACGAUGACGAGUCUGAUGAGAUGUCUAUGGAUGAAAGUUCAGAUGACGAGGAUGAGGAGACACCUAAGAAGAUCGAGUCAAGCAAGAAGAGACCUGCUGAAGCUGCAACCCCUGCUUCUGCAAAAAAGGCUAAAUCUGCAGUUACACCUCAGAAGACAGAUGGUAAGAAGGGUGGACACACAGCAACACCGCAUCCAGCAAAGCAAUCUGGGAAAAAUUCUGCAAAGUCUCCAAAGUCUGGUGGUCAAUUCUCUUGUGGUUCUUGUAACAAGUCGUUCGGGUCUGAGGGCGGUUUAGAGUCUCACAAGAAGGCCAAGCAUGGUGGCAAAUGAGAUCGGGUUUACAUGCUCUAAUGUGCAUGUUUAAUUUUGGGGGAGAGAUGUUUGGCUUGUGGUUUUGGUUCUUAUUAUUCUUACUAGUAAAAUGAGUGAUUUAUGGAUUAGAAAAGACUUCGGGAAGGUCCUUAUGAUUAGAAACUAUCAUCAUAUUGGAUAAUUAUUAUGAUUAUAUUUUAGGAUGUGUAAUGUUUGCUUCAAAUUUUGUCUGAUUUGCAUUCUACAUGCGUGAUCCUUAAAUGGAAGGUUUAUGGUUUUCCGGAA